AUGUCUUCCAAGUCGACCAACGCAACCGGCUCUGGAGCCAUGCGUGAACCUACAGACACCACCGGCGGGGCCGCUUACCAGCAACCGAACCAAGCGGCUACCGCUGCCGGAGGCGCUGCCUCAAGCGCAGCUGGCUACAACACGGCCCCGGUCUCGGGAUCGCAAACCACCAGUGGAGUGGGAUAUCAACCGACGCAAUCAUCCGGUAGCACAUAUGGCACCCAAUCCAAGUCGGCAGCUGCCGGGGAAUCCGUUGGCGGCGGUGUGAAGUCGGCAGCUGCAGGAAUCCAUGGAGCGGGGGAGUCAUUGCGAGGCGGGCUCACAGCUGCGGUCGACAAGGCCUUUGGGCACGAAGAAGGGGCCGCCAAAAACUCGGCCAUUGCUCGAGAAGGGGAGCGAGAGAUUCAAUCGGGAAAUUUUAGCAGAACCCAGCGGUGA